CGCGAACGUACGUACGUUGCUAGUGCACACGGACAACGGACAGCGGCUGGAAAUACCCUCCGACCUUGAAGUUCAGACAGUCCGAGCGCCAUGAUGGCGUUCCAGCACUCGGCCUGUUUCUUCAUCUGGGCUGUUUUCCUACUAUCCUUCACCAAUGCUGCUCCAGCCCCAGCAGCUGAAGGUGAUUUAGCACACAGUCAAGCACUUGAUCUCCACAAUACUGAAGCAGGAUCGUCGAGGUGUUACUACAACUUCCAGCACUACGAAGAAGGAGACCGAAUCAUUACCAAUGAGCCUUGCCUAAACUGCACUUGCCACAAGCGGAUGUUGAUGUGCUACCUGAGAGUGUGUCCGUUCACUAAGCCUGUAGGCCAGGACUGUACUGUGGAGAAGAAACCAGACCAGUGUUGUCCUGUCAUCACUUGUCCAGAAGUUCAUGUAGACAUUGUGACCAGUUCUACGACAGAAACAUCUUCAGCAGUUGGUCACAUUGGCAAGUAUGGCUGUACACUGGAGGACAACACAUUCUACCCUGAUGGAGUUCAGAUGCCGUCAGACCCAAAGAAGCCUUGUGAGUUGUGCUACUGCAUUCGCAACCACACAGCUUGCGUCCGACAGGAAUGCACUCUCAACGUAGAAGGCUGCAGACCAGUAUACCAGGACGGAGUAUGUUGUCCUGUCAGAUAUGACUGUGAUUACAAUGAGAUAAGUACGACAGAGAGGCCGAGCUCGGGUGGUCUGUUGCUGGGUACGACUGCCAGUACGACACAGAAAUGUCGCUACGGAGACGUAAUGUACAACGACGGAGAGCUGAUAGAGACUGACAAGCCGUGUGAGUCGUGCUACUGCAUGCGAGGAGACAUUGUCUGCGCUGUACGCAGCUGUGGUGAGCCUAUGGAGGGUAAAGACUGCCAUGCCCUGCCUCCACCAGAGGGACAAUGCUGCCCCACCACCUUCCAAUGUGCAAAUGGAACAAUAUCUAUUGAAAAUAUGGCGACAGAGAGCAGCAUUAUAAUGCAAUCUUCUCCGACGGAUACGGACGUUUCAACCAAGGAACCAGAGCCUCAACCAUCGUCUGAGGUAACUUCAGAUGAUGAAGCUGAAGACGUAAAAAAUAAAGAUGACUUAGCAACUCCAACAACAGAAGUAUUGCCAAGUGAUUCACCAAAUGAGGAAGAAAAUCAUGGACAUAAGCAUGAAGAGGAGAAGGUCGAUGAGCAUCCUGAAGGACAGAUACUCUCUGAGCCCACUGAUGAGGAUGAGUUAGAUGAUGAAGAUUUAGAUAUCCACUCUGAUCCAAACAUACAUGAACCUGAAACAGAAGGCCCUAAAAUUAGUGAACAGACCUCAACCUCUGCUCCUGAUACAGCAGAGAAAGUUGAAACUGAAACACAGUCACAUGGGGUAUCUGAAGUAAACACAUCUGAGUCUCCUAUUGCUAUCUCAGAAAAUGACCAAGUUGACCAAAACAAAGAAGAUAAAAAUGGUUCAGUAAAGGACGAAAUAAAGCCAGAUGGUAAUGAACAUUCAGAAAGUGAUAUUGAAAAUACCACUGGUACAAAUGAGCUUGUUCCUGAACAACAUGAAAUUGUUACUGAAAUAUCAUUGAAACCUGAAGAAACAUCGGAAUCUAAAUUAAAUGAUCCUGUCAAUAAUGAAGUUUCAGAAUCAACAAACACAGAAGUAGCAACAUCAGAUGCAGAACUGCCUAGAGAACCAACUAUAGAGAAGGAAUCAACAGAAUCUAAAGAUGAGAAUGGUGUGGUAAAUACAAAAUUAGGAGAAGAAAGUCCUGUCACGGCAUUGACUGGAGAAGAAAAUGGACCAUCAAAUAAUGCUGUUGCAGGAAACAGUCUACCAGAAACUUUACAUGCUGCAGGAGUUGGGGGAGAUGAACAGACUGAACCUAGCAAAAAUACAUAUUUGGAAACAGAAUCAUCUGUUGAAAGAGACCAACAGCCAGAAAAAUUGGACGGUAGUUCAAUAACAAAUGAAAAUGAAAUAAAAUUUGAGGAAAUACCAUCUAAAACUCCUGAAUCUCUUGACCAAGUAAAGGAAUCAGACAUUUCUCAAGAAACAGUUGAUACAAACACAAACCAAUACCCAGAAUCACAAACCAGUGAACCAGCUUCAGUUCCUGCUCAGGAUGACAAUCAAAUGGUAACUAAUGAUCAAGAAAAGGUAGUGGAUGUAGUCCCUGAACAAACUAAUGCAGAAGGGGUUGCGCCUUCUGUCUUGCCCGAGGAACACAUAGAGAAUUUUCACAAAGAACAAGCACCUCCAAGAAAAGAAGAUUCUUCUCUUGAGGAACAUGAACAAGUACCACAACAUCCAGAGGGUAGUAUGACAAAGGCAGAAGACUCCAUUCCUGAUGGUCAGUCACAAUCAGAAGAUGGUAUAACAGAAUUACCAGAAUCAGCAAAUAUUCCAGGGAAACAAAAUGAACAUCAAGGUCCAGGUGAAAUUAGUAUACCACCAGAAUCUACAGAGAAUAGUGUCACACAUGAUUAUUCAAAUGAAAGUGAAGUUAAUGUACCACAAGAAGGCCAACAUGGUGAUGGCUCUGAUAGCCAAACUCAACAACCAAAUGUCACUCCUUCCUUGGAGCCGAAUUCAGAGAAAAUAGAAACAAAUUAUGUGUCUGGUAUAGCAACUGAAUCAACUACCGGUCCCUAUUCAAAUGAUAUCGUACCUGAAAAGACUGAAACUACAAAUAUGGACAUAAAACCAACAGAUGCUCCUCUGAAAGAAGGCUCUGUAGUAUCUGAAAAUGAAUCUGUCCCCACAGUAAUCGUUAUGGAACAAGAAAGUGAAACUUCAACAGACUCUUUACCACAAGAAAGCAGUCACGGUGAAGUUAAGCCACAAACUACAUUACCCGAAGAUUCAUUGCACGACCUUAGCAAUGAUUUGGAAGAUGAUCAUCAGUCACAUGACGAACAAACAGCAGAAACAGAGAAAGAGGUAACACCAGCAAAGCCAGAAGUUGAAGAGCAGCUUAUAGGAGAUAAAAACAGUGAGGAUAAUUUGAAUGUAUCAUUUGAAUCUACUCAAAGUCCAUCAGAUAUCGAUGCUGUUACAGAUGGACAAACGCAUUCAAACGAUGUAUCUGAUGACAAUGGUUCAUUAGACGACUUAAAUAAAGAUAUGCAUGGUGUGACUGAUGGUGAAAUUACCAGUGAGAAUACUGAUAAACUAGAAGAAACAGCUUUAUCUGGAGAUGGAACAGUAUCCCCAGUAGAAGAAAUCAGUACAGAAAAAGAAGAUUCAGACCAAAGCCACAGUGAUACAGCUGAAAGUGCAGGCUUGCCAAAUGAAAUAACACAGAAUGAGGGUGAAAAACACAAUUCAGAUAAACAGCCAGAACAGACAGAAGGAGUUGAAGAGAGUACUGGUUCUGUAAUAAAAACUGGAAGUGAAAGUCACCCUGAAGAUAAAGAAAGUGAAAAGAAAGGAGAAUCCCCUAAUGUAGAAUCUGCUGAAUCUUCUAAAAACCCAACACCAGAAAUCACAUUACCAGAUGGAGAGGUGCAUCAUGACCCAGUUGAAUCUGAACCAACAGAGUUUGAUGAUAAUGAGUUUGAAGAUUCUGGUGACCAUGAUCCAACAUCUGAGAAUGAAAUAGUUGAAGACCACUUAUCAGGUCAAGGAGGAUCAAUACCUCAUGAAUCAUCAUCUAAUAUUCCAGGGCCUGUUGGAGUUAUUCCAGGAGAAGGAGAUUGUUUAGUGGAUGGACAAACGUAUACCAACAACUCAAACAUUCCAUCAAAAAGCCCAUGCCACAAAGAAUGUACCUGCAUCAGCAGCAUAGUUCAUUGCCAAGGAAUUGACUGCCCACCUCCUCCACCCGAGCUAGCUAAUUGCAUGCCUGUUCACCAAGGAGACUUGUGCUGCCCAGUGUACACAUGUGAUGGAAACACGCCAGAGGGUCCUCAGUCACACAAUCAAAUGGGAGAAACUGAGGACAAAACCGACUCGCCUACUGAGACAAAAAAACAUUCUGAAGGAACUGAACAUGCUACUAUUACAGGGGAAGAAAUUCCAGACUCCGAACAUACAAUUAGUGAGAGUGAAACUACUAUGCUAGACAAUAAACCAACAGAACAUAAAGAAGACUCACAGGGAGAAGAAACUACAGCGCCUGUUCAAAAUAUUCCUAAUACUGUUGGAGAUGAAAUAUCUGAAAUUGCAAGUGAUAAUAGCAAUGGAGAAACACCUGGCCCGGACACAGUUGUUCAGGAACACAAUAGUGAUGAUAAAACUCCUGCUGAUAAUGGAACUGCCAUUGUGGUCACUCCUGAAGACAAUGAAGAAAAGCCUAAUGCAGAUGUUUCAGACAGCAUCUCUGCUGUAAAGGAAAAAGAUUCACAACCAACAGUCCUCACAGAUCAAAACGAGUCUCAAGACACAGAAGUACAUGAUCAAACCCACACAGAGUCUCCUGGUGUCGAAGAGUCUCCUUCCAAACCAGAUGAAACCCCUACAGUUUUAGAGGAAGAUGAUGGCUCUGCACCACACAGUUCUGCAAUUCCAGUAACAGAAACAUCACAUACACUUACAGGUGAAACUCAAGAGACUGAAGAACACCCAGAACCUGAAAUUGAAACAGAAAACGGACCCGAAACCAAUACACACACUUUAACAGACAGUGUAGAUGAUGACUUACCAACAGCAACAGAAAAUAAUCCUGAACUGGUUUCAGAAUCUGACAGCCAUGUUCCCUCAGAAGAAACUCAAACUGAGAAUGAAUCAGUCUCUCCAUCGUCUGCUGAACAAUCAGAAACACCUGUUCAGCAGAUAGAAGACGGCAAAAACACAUUUGAGACAAAUCAAGUUUCAGGUGAUCUUCCUUUGCUAAAUGAGGGCAUGGAGAAUAAUAAGCAAGAUAUUGUUACAGAGACACCUAUAACCGUUUCACAGGAAGUUAUCAAACAGGACUUACCUGUAACAGAAGAACCCAUUGUAUCAGAAACAUUAGUUACUGGCAAGCCAAAUUUAGAAGGUAAUAAUCAGCAUGAUGUAACCCAUAAAGAUGGUACUUAUCAAGAUUCUGAAUCAGAGCACCAACCAGGAUCAGCAGUGGAUUCAGCAGUACAAAACGGUAGUAAUGGGUCUGAAACUACUUCAGUUGAAGAUACAGCAACUGAAGUAGUUCCCAAUGCUCCAGAGGGACCAGCAGAAGUAAAUAAUAAAGUAAAUUCAGAAACUGAUAAAGAACAAAAUACAACAGAACAACAUCCUUUACACGAGCAAAAUAUUAAUGGGCAAACGGACGAAAAACAAAAUGAAGAUGAUUCUAAUUACGAGAAUGUUACAAGCUCAACAGAUAGUGGUUCUGAAUUUGAAGGAAAUCUGAAUUCUGAAAAUAAAGCUACACUGUCAAACAAAGAAAAUGAAGCUGAAACAAAUACAAAUACUGCGCCAAAAGCUAGUCACGAUGAAACAGGAAAUACUGAAGAUCUACAGGGAGAAGUAACUGAAGGAUCCUUGGAUUUGCAUCUUGGACAAUCUACUCAAGCUCCAACUUUAAAUGACCCGUCUACACAGAGUCCAUCGCCUUCCAUUGAACAUAAUGAAGACUUAAAUUCAGAGACAGCAACUAGUCCAGAAAGUAUAGGGGAUCAUGUGCCUAAUGGUGAUAGCACUCUAGAUGGUGACAACACGAGUAAUUUAACAACUCAUGAAACCCCUUCUGAAACUGAAAAUCAGGAAACUACACACGACCAAAGUUUAGAAACUAUUUCAGCAAUAAAAGAAACUGAAAAUCAGAAAACUACACAUGACCAAAGUUUAGAAACUAUUUCAGCAAACAAAGAUACAAAUUCUGAUAGUAAUAAUCAUCAGAUUGAACCUGAAACGACAGAAAGCUUGCAAAAUAGUGAUUUAGAAACAACUGAAAUUACUAACGAAAUAGAAGAGCAUGUUUCUGGAUCACCUAACCAAGAAGAACACCAUCCAGAGCAUGAAACAUCUCAACCAGCUCAAGAAAUUGGAUUACCUGAACAAGAAAUCUCAGAAUCCCCAGAAUCCUCAAAGACUGAAGAUAGUCCAGCAGAGGGAAUAAGUCAUGAUGGAGAUGAUGGUACAGUACACGAAGAUGAGAAAAUACCGAAUAAUUUUGAUGAAGAACCCUCUCACGGUACAGAAAUAACGAUGGGAGAAGAUAAUAAUGAGGAGGGAAAUCCAGCUCAUGGAGAGACCGCACAAGUCAAUCAGGGAACCGAAUCCAUUAAUAACGAGGAAGAACUAACUAAACCCUACAUUACAGAAACUACUCAAGAAGAAACCACACCAGCUCAGGAGGCAACACACGAAGAGUCAAAACCUGCAAAUGAAGAAACGGGUAGUGUGGAAGAAGAUACUUCCCCUGAAAAUCAAGAACCUUCUAAUGAAGAGGUUAAACCAGAUAUUGACGAGUCUAAACUGUCCCAAGAGGAGUCUGAGCCACCCCACAUGACGUCCAAACCAGCCCAAGAGGAAACUCAACUAGGGCAUGAAGCAGGUAAUGAAGAGCCUGAACCAGCAAAUGAUGAGACUGAACAGGCUCAUGAGAACACUCAGUCAACUGAUGAGACUCAUCAAGCAAACGAGGAACCUGAGAUAGCUCAAGAGGAUACUGAACCAAUUCAUGAAGACAGUGGAAUAAUCCACGAGCAGAUUGUUCCAGUUCAAGGGGAAACUGAGCCAGAACAUGAUGAGAUUGGCCUAGUUCAUGAAGAUACCGAGCCAGAUCAUGAGGUGACUAAGCCAGUUCAUGGGGAAUCACAACUGCAGGGUGAGACUGAGCCAGCCCACGGGAACACUGAACCAGUUCAUGAAGAUACUGAGCCAUUACACGGAGAAACUGAGCCAGCCCAAGAGGAAAUUGUACCGAUUCAUGAAGAUAGUGAGACAGAUCAUGAGAAGGCUAAGCCAGUUGAUGGAGAAGCUCAGGUUCCUGUUGAGUUAGAGACAGUCCAGGGUGAGACUGAGCCUUCACAUGAAGGGACUGAGCCAGCCCAAGAAGAGACUGAGCCAGCUCAAGAAGAGACUGAGUCAGCCCAAGAAGGGACUGAGCCAGUCCAAGAAGGGACUGAGCCAGCCCAAGAAGGGACUGAACCAGCCCAAGAAGGGACUGAACCAGUUCAUGAGGACACUGAGCCAGCUCAAGAAGAGACUAAGCCGAUUCAAGAGGAGACCGAGCCUGCCCAUACGGAGGCUGAACCAGUCCAUGAGCAAACUGAGCUAGUUCAUGAAGAUAGUGAGCCAGUUCAUGAGGAGGCUAAGCCAGAUAAUGAGGAGACCGAGCCAGCCCAUACAGAGACUAACCCAGCACAUGAAGAUACUGAGCCAGCACAUGAAGAAAUUGAGCCAGCACAUGAAGAGACGGAGCCAGCACAUGAAGAGACUGAGCCAGCACAUGAAGAGACUGGGCCAACACAUGAAGAGACUGAGCCAGCACAUGAAGAGACUGAGCCAGCCCAUACGGAGAUUAUGCCAGCACAGGAAGAGACUGAGUCUACAGAUGAGGAAUCCAAACCAACACAAGAAGAACCUGAGCUAACAACCGAAAAGACUGAAACCACUCAUGAGGAGACUGAACAUGGAAAUGAAGUUCCAGUAAAUGAAGUAGAACAUGACCAAGAGAGUGAUACCUCUAUUCACGAUAGCGAACAAUCGACUACAAAAACAGAUUUGACAAGUGAAAAUGAAAAUAUCCCCCAAGAACCAGAAAACGAAGAUGAACAUCAUUCUCAAGAACAUCCUGUUCUUGAAACUGAGCAAACUAUAGAGCCAAUAAAACCUAAUACUGACUCAGAGCAUGCUCACGAGGCUGAACAAACUCCUGAUAACAACAUUAUUGGAGAUGGGGAAGACCCUUCACUACCAACAGGACAAACAGUAGACGAACAUGAACAGGAACAUGAGCAGACAAUCCAUGAAACAGAUAUUCCUCACCCACAAGUUCCCGGAUCCAUGCCUUCAAUGACUGGAACAGAUGACUCAAAGCCUCAACACAACAAGCCAGAUGAUCCUGAAUUACCUCCUGAAGACCAGUUUACACCUGAUGUUGAAAUGGAUUAUGAUGUUUCUGAAGAUGGUGCUUUUGGUCCAGGUACAUGUCGUUAUGGAGGAAAGGUUUAUGUCUCAGCACAACAAAUUCCUCGUGAUGAUCCUUGUGAUUUCUGUUUCUGUUUCCGAAGUGAUAUUAUUUGCUUGCAGCAAAGCUGUCCUCCUCCAAUUCAUAGAUGCCACCAGGAGCCUAUUCAGGGCUACUGUUGUCCUCGAUAUCAAUGUCCUGUUUCAAUGGCGACUAGUCUCAACAUAACAACAACAACAUCGACCACAACAACCACAUUACCUCCACACUUCUUUGCGCAUGCAUAUCGUGGGGCAGCAAGGCAAUCUGGUUGUUUCCACAGAGGUCGGGCAUAUGAAGUUGGUGAAGAGAUAACAUCAGCUUCAGGCCCCUGUUUACAAUGCAUAUGUGGUAGCGACGGUCAGAUGCAGUGUGAUCCAAAGGUCUGCAACCCAGAGCCAAUGGUGAGGAAGCUAAUGGAAGCUGCAGUCAGUCAUCGUAGAAGAUGAAACCUUCCCUCCGCCUAGAGUUAAUGCCAAGACAAUUCCAUGGGUGCCAAAAACCACCUGACGACAAAUGUGAUUCAUAUGCGGUGUAGUCGCUCCCCUAGUGUAAGGUAUUGCUGCCAUGGACCCUGCUCAACCCGUGAGGACUGUGCGAAUGAACGGUCGGAAUGAAUGGUGCUAAGCUUCAGUGAAUCCAUUGUUUUAAGAUGGUAUUUUUUGUUAAUGUUUGUAAAAUAGUCAUAAUUUAUCUAAACUCUUUGCAGACUUCGAUAUCAGUCGUUUAAGCUCACUCGUAAUUUAAUUCUCGUAGUUUUAGGUAGGAUCUUAAUUUCCGCUCGGUAGCGAUUUUUGUUAGCCUGAACGGUUUGAUUGGUAGAAUUCCAUGUUGUAAUAUUUAAUAUUAUUGAGAUUUUAUUUAAUUUAGAUUUAGGUCGGAUUUCUACCUCUCGAACGUUCAGACUGCAUGUACAUGACUUCCUUACAAAUAAGUUCUCCUAGACAUAAGUUACGAUUAUAUAUAUACAAUUAAGCGAAUAGUGAACCUAGUAUACAGUAAUAAUUGUGAUUUAGAGAGUGUUUGUGAGCGUAUGAAUGUAAAUGUAAUAUUGUCUGUGUCUGAGUCACUUUUUACUUUUGUAAAAGUAACAAGUUGUCUAAAUUAAAAUUUUUAUAAGUUUUAUAAAUGUAA